AAAUUAACGACAGAAAGGGUUGAAAAAAUGGAAUUUCCAGUAACGCACAAGUCCACUUUCCUAUUUGUUACUAUUCUCUGACAGGCUCCACAUGCUCAUGGAAGAGAGGUCCAGUCUUCAAACCUGCCCACAUUAUUUUGUCCUCACGAUAUGGGAGUAGCAUGGCAGAUCUGACCCACCUCUCCAAACCUCUCUCCCUCUUCCAUUGUUCUUUUAUCUGGGUAAUUCUUAUCUCCACCCCAAUUUCUCCCUCCCACACAUUCCAAUUUCCAAAUCUCUCUGUGUGCGUGUGUGUGUGACGUAUAGAUCAAAACAUAUAACAUGUAUUGCAUAAAAAGGUAGGCACUUGCAUUACUUCAAAAUCUUCUCAUUUCUCAGAAUCUCACUGGCAGAUUUACGCAUUGCCUUCAUAUAGUACACCAUAUCCCUUCUUAUAUGCUGCAUUUCUGAGAGAGUGCCAAAAGACAAAGCAUUCUUCUGUUCUCUGAGGAAACCCAGAAAAACAUCUCUUCUUGGAUCUGAAAAAACUUCCCUGCAGUAUUUUUCAUUCAUGGUCAUUGGAAGAUAUUGUCUGCUUUCUUCUUAGAAACCCAAGAAAAAAAAGGUUCAUCCAUCCCAUUGCAAAUGGGAAGAGAAAACAAAUGUGGGGCUAAUUGUGUCUCUUUCAAUGUAUUGCUGCAUUCUUCCUUGCUAGUUGCUGCUCGGAAAAUUCCAUGAAACCCCACAUCAAAAUUGAUAAGACAGAACAUUAGCAUUAAGAAACUUGAUAGGCAAUUAGUAGUAGCCUCAGAAAAACAAAUACCUCGAGAUUGAUUAAUGCAAAACUCUUCUAACAACGCUUUUGGUGUGUAACACAUUCUCUGCCAUCUGAGUGUUUCUAAAACCUUCAUUCUGUCAUCAGGUAGAUGUUGAAACCACUGACAGGAACAGGGAGGGGAACCUGAGAAAGUUGGAGUUCUUUGGUCUGUUAGUUGAAGAAAAGGCGCAGACAUGCCUGCAAAGCUUUUACAUUCCUUUUCAGAUGAUAACCGAGAUCUCCAGGAGCAGAUUGGGUGCAUAAAUGGACUGUUCCAGCAUUUCCUUAGCAGCCGACGAGUCAUAAGUCGAAACCACAAGAGGCUUCCACCAGGUCCAAAUGGUAGCCAUGACAUGGAGCCCAAGAGUGCUUCAGACAAGAAAACAGUAAAAAAUCUGAAGAAGGGCAUGAAGGAGAAACCAAGAGCCUCCACUGAAUCAUCCAGAACCUCAAUUUCUUCUACUUCCUCCUGUUCUUCCAGUUACUCAUCGUCUGCUGAUCAUAACAUAACACUCCAAACCCCACAACUGUCUUUGAACCACGCCAAUUUUCCUGAAACCCCUACCUGGAACUUCUCUCGUUACAGAUCAAAUGUUACUUUGCCAUUAAGCCAAUGCCUUGACCUCCGAGAUGUGGUCAAAGACUCCAUCCACAGAGAAGCCCGUGGGUUGUCCAUUAGAACAGCAACCAAGCAGGAGUCUGGACGAAAAACCUUGAAGUACAUAGAUUCUCCAAGGCCCUUGCAGUCGCCAAGAUCUGCCAGGACCAGAGAUCCUAGUCACAAUGAAUCAUUUCGAGUUCUUGCAAAGGUUCAAGAAGCACCUAGGACUUCCAAGGAAAGAAAGGAUGCUUGUCUUGCUAUCACACCCAGAGAUGCUCCCAGGUUUUCUUAUGAUGAGAGGAUCUCACAUGACACAAUCAAAAUAAAGCUUAAAGAAUUGCCAAGGUUAUCGUUGGACAGUAGGGAGAACUCCAUGAAAUCAAAUCCUCCGGGGGAGAUGCACAGGAAGAAUGGUAACUCCAAUGAUAUGGAAAACCAACCACAAGAACCAGAAAGCUACAGAAGGCCAUCUAGCAUUGUAGCCAAGUUGAUGGGGUUGGAUGCUUUGCCAAACUCCAUGACCACCAAUGGGAAUCAAACCCGGAAUAUCAAAACCUGCUUAAAUGUAAAAGAUCAGUCACCAAGAACUGAUGAUAACCAGCAAAAUCUGGUUUCUAGUGCCUCCGGGAAAGCUAACAAGGAGCCCAUCUCACCCCAUUUAAGAAGACCUGCUUCAGCCAAAACUCCCAUCACAAGUAAGUGUCCAAUUGAACCAGCACCAUGGAAGCAACCGGAUUUAAAUAAGGGUAAAAAACCAGCUUCAAAAUGCAAAGAAAGUCCCGCAAAAGCCCUGAACACCUCACUCACAGUUUAUGGUGAAAUUGAGGAAAGGCAGGCACAGCUUGAAUUUGAAAGGUCAGGAAAGGAUCUCAGAGCUCUCAAGCAAAUACUUGACGCAAUGCAGAAGAGUAAGCAGAUGUUGGAGAGCAGAAAAGGAGAUCAGGCUUCAAAUUUUGAUUCACAGAAGAAAAUCAACACCAACCCUGACAAGAGCUCAAAAUUUGCGAAUUUGAGAAACCUAGAAGCUAAUACUGCAUUUUCUGCUAGAAACAAGGGAACUAGUUCACCAAGGAAAUCAAGAACUGCAGCUGUCGUUAUGAAACCUGCUAAACUUGUCGAAAGAGCCGGUAGUCCUGCUUCAUCAGCCAGUACAACUGACAGUUUGAGCUGGCUCAGGACCAGUGACUCUACAAAUCGUAGAAGGGAAAAGGUUGGCCAGCAAUCGGCCAAAGAGUCAACUACACGACGUAAUCAUCUCAGGGAUUCUGCCAGCCAACUCUAUCCAACAGAGAAGAACACAGUCAGAAGUCCAAGAUUAAUUCAAGCUUCAAAACUGCCUCCAUCCACAAGCCAGAGAUCAGGUAUGAGCACAGAUACCAUAAGCCUUAAACGGGAGCAGAAGAGGCUGGAGAUGGAGAAGCAGUUUCACUCCACUGCCACAAGAUCAGAGCAGACCACACCAAGGAGGCUCCCAAGCAGACAACAGUUAGAAUCAAGCACACCAUAUCAGAAAACCCUACAUAAAUCCCCCAAUUUGCAGCAAUAUGAUGAUCAAGUGAAUGAAAUCAGUAGUUCAGUACAAUCAGAAACCAAUAUGAGCUUGGCCUCCUCAACUGUUGACCAUGAAGUCACAAAUGCUAACAAAUCUAGCAAGACAACCAUCAACUUCUUUCAGCAACAGAAUGAGAAGUGCAAUAAUCCAGCGGUGAGGUUAAUUGACGACGGGUCAACAGCAGAGCCUCUGAAAGUUGUGCUAGAACAACCAAGUCCUGUCUCUGUUCUUGAUGCAACAUUUCAUGGAGACGAAUCACCAUCUCCUGUGAAGAAGAUAUCGAAUGCCUUCAAAGAUGAUGGGUGCCUAAAUCCAGAUGAAACACAGCGGAGUUCCAUGAAUUCAAAAGACUUACCUGACUGCAGAAGCCCCAGGAAGAAGCAUGAUUAUAGGAAGGUAGAAAACAUCCAGCAUUUGUUUCAAAAAGGCAUGCACAUGGAGUCCGCCAAGGAGGAAUCCAUCAUCAAGGAAAUCUUACCAUACUACAACAGGAGAAACCCAGACCACAAAUACAUCUCAGAAAUAUUACUAGCAUCAAAUAUCCACAGGGAACUUGAAUCUAGCUUGAUUACAUUUCAGUUUCAUCCAUCAGGUCACCCAAUCAACCCAAACUUAUUCCUGGCCUUAGAACAGACCAAGGCAACCAUUGGGCUUGCAAAUGACAAAAGAAAAGGUCCAAGGAUCAAAGAGUCAGAAGCCAUUCAGAAAGACCAUAGGAAACUUAUAUUUGAUGCUGUUAAUGACAUUCUGGCCAGCAAAUUGCCAAAAGAAGGUUUUUACAGAGAGUGGCUCUCGCCAAAUAAGCUGGCAGGCAGAAGACUAGGAGGACGGCAGCUUCUGCGAGAUUUAUGUACAGAAAUCGAUUGCCUAUAUGCCAACAACUCAUAUUGCAUCACAAACGAGGAGUCUGAUGGUCUGAAAGGCAUCUUAUUGGGAGAUUUGAUGCAUCAAUCAGUUGAAUGGACAGUUUUUCACAGUGAAAUUCCAUGGGUAGUGUUACAUCUUGAGCGGUUGAUCUUUAAAGACUUGAUAACUGAGGUUGUUAGAGGUGUAGCAGCAAAUCUGUGAGAGCGGCCUCACAGGAAUUGCAGACAACUUCCUCCUAGUUUCUAAAAUAUCUAAACAUCUCAGAAAAGAGAGGAAGCUUUCAGAUUGUUUGUUUCAGCUUUCAGUUCCUGUUUCUUUUCUUUCUCAAAAUUCUUUCAAGGUAUAGUGACAGUCCCAAUAAACCUUGGGUAAAAAUUAAGCUUUAGCUAAUAGUACAUGUAAGAUUGCAGCCAAUGUAGAUACUAUCUAGCCUUACCUUCUCAAAGUCUUUACUCCAGCAUAGAUGCAUUUGUAAGGUCGAUUAAAGAAUAAGUUUAAGCAGUUGUG